CGGUGGCUAUUGCUCCAGAGGGAGGGCUCCCUUCUGUUUCAACUGUUCUCUGUGCCCAUGGGGGCAGAGGUAUGUCCCUAAAAGCGUCACUGAUCAUGUCCUGGCCUUAGAAUCAUCAAUGCAGAGAAAUCUGAGUUCAAUGAGGAUCAGGCGGCCUGUGGGAAGCUGUGCAUCCGGAGAUGUGAGUUUGGGGUUGAAGAGGACCAGGAAUGGCUGACCUUGUGCUCAGAGGAGUUCCUGACAGGUCAUUACUGGGCACUGUUUGAUGGGCAUGGCGGUCCAGCUGCAGCUAUCCUGGCUGCCAACACUCUGCACUCCUGCCUGCGCCGGCAGCUGGAGGCUGUGGUAGAGGGCAUGGUGGCCACUCAGCCCCCCAUGCACCUCAGCGGCCGCUGCAUCUGCCCCAGUGACCCCCAGUUCGUGGAGGAAAAGGGCAUUAGAACAGAAGACUUGGUGAUCGGGGCUCUGGAGAGUGCCUUUCAGGAGUGUGAUGAGGUGAUCGGGCGAGAGCUGGAGGCCUCAGGCCAGGUGGGUGGGUGCACAGCCCUGGUGGCUAUGUCUCUGAAGGGAAAGCUGUAUGUGGCCAAUGCUGGGGACAGCAGGGCCAUCCUGGUGCGUAGGGAUGAGGUACGGCCCCUGAGCUCCGAGUUCACCCCAGAAACUGAGCGGCAGCGGAUUCAGCAGCUGGCCUUCAUCUACCCUGAGCUUCUGGCUGGUGAGUUCACCCGACUGGAGUUCCCUCGGCGACUGAAGGGGGAUGACCUGGGGCAGAAGGUCUUGUUCAGGGAUCACCACAUGAGUGGCUGGAGCUACAAGUGUGUGGAGAAGUCGGAUCUCAAGUACCCACUGAUUCAUGGACAGGGUAGGCAGGCUCGGCUACUGGGAACCCUGGCUGUCUCCCGGGGUCUAGGAGACCAUCAACUCAGAGUCCUGGACACAAAUAUUCAGCUCAAGCCCUUCUUGCUAUCUGUCCCACAGGUGACUGUGCUCAAUAUGGACCAACUGGAGCCCCAGGAGGAGGAUGUGGUUGUCAUGGCAACUGAUGGGCUCUGGGAUGUCCUGUCCAAUGAGCAAGUGGCACGGCUGGUGCGGCACUUCCUCCCUGGCAACCGAGAGGACCCACACAGGUUCUCGGAGCUCGCCAAGAUGCUGAUACGCAGCACACAGGGGACGGAUGACAGUCCCAUACAGGAAGGGCAGGUGUCCUACGACGACGUCUCUGUGUUCGUGAUUCCCUUGCACCACCAGGGCCAGGGGCACAGUAGCCACUGAGGAUUCAGACACCGCAUCCCAGAACCACCAAGGGGCCAGGUGCGAUACGGAUAUCCCUCCACCAUGGUCGACAGCAGGUCUGCCUGCCCCAGUCCCAGACUAAGCCCUGACCCCAGCCCAUUUCAAGGUGCACAUUUCUACAAGGCAGUCAGAGCUGGAAAAACGUAGGGGGUCCCCCAGGCCACCCCCCCUCCCCCCGUUGCCAGGCAAAGAACGCUACUGUCAAUAACGUCCUGCAGAGUCACCUUACAUUAGGAAUCCAUGCAAGGCUCCUCAGAGAGGAUCCUAAACAGCCCCAAUACAUUAUUCCCAAAUGGGGACAGCUGGACUAAGUGCAUUGGCCAAGGAUGCCAGAAAGGGCAGACAGCCUGUGGUUGGAUCCAGGUCUCUAAUGCAUGAAUGUCACUGAGAUCCUUCUCUGCUCUCCUCUGCUGGAAGACAGGCACGGGUCCAGGGGCUAUAGUUGAGGGAGAAACUAAGUGGCAGAAGGAGCCCCAGAGGUGGCUGAGUGGUGAAUGCUGUCAUCACUGCUCCUGACUCUGAGUCUCCUGACUGCUCCUCACUGGCCCCAGCCAGAAACUGAUGCCUCAAUAAUGUCCUUUUGUUGCUUCCAUCACCUCCCUAUUAAAUGUUUAUGUGCAGAGAACCCUUGUGAAUUGUCAAUUGCUGUAUAGCUUGGCAUUAUUUAGUACACUUUUGCUUUUUCUCAUUCUUCUAAAAAAAAAAAAAAAAAAAUCAGUCUUAGCCUUAGCUCCACCUUACAAAUUUCCCUAUAGUCAGCACUGUGUCUUCUCUGCAGCCUCCCUAGUUCCCAGCUUGGGAUGAGCCCCAGUGAGAGAACUACUGCCCAGGAGAAGGGAGGGUCCCCACUGCUGGCUGUGAGUUCUGGGCUUGAGGUACCACAGGGAAUGCUUUUGGGUUUUUUAAAAAUGCAAAUUGUAAUAGUUUUAGUAUAAAGCUUACAGCAAAUUUAGAAUAAAGCUAGACUUACUGACUGGA